AUGUCCGAAGAAGCUGCAUCGACGAGCAAAAAGCCUCGAAAGCGUUUCGUGGGAAGGGCUGAAGCGAGAAAGAUAGAUGACAGCAAAAUUCAAGUUGGUAAUAUAGAGGAUAAUGUGGUGGUUAAAGGUUUGAAAGCUUUAAUCGUUGCCUCAAAUUUUUUAGAACAAAUCUUUGAACAUGAUUACAAUCACCUUUGUUUACUAGCUAAAUCGUCGAAUAGAGUUGCGACACAAAUUCCUGCAGUGAUUUUAAAUGAUCCUUUAUUGAAUAAAGCAAUUGAGCAGACUCUCCGUCCUUUGAAAACCAUAAACGAAAGACAUUGCAAUGUUGAGACACUUAUAAUGGGUGAUGUUACAUACGGAGCAUGCUGCGUGGAUGACUUUACUGCCGUUGCAUUGGGAUGUGACUUCAUGGUCCACUACGGUCAUAGUUUUCCGGUAAACGUCACGACUGUCAAGACUAUGUAUGUGUUCGUGGACAUUGGGAUUGACAUCGAGCACUUUUUAAACACCGUAAGAAUGAAUUUCGAACGUGGGAAAAAAUUGACGAUCGUGGGUACAGUUCAAUUUGUAUCCUCCAUUCAGUCUGCGCAAAAAUCCCUAGAAAAUGAAUAUUCCUUAAACGUUCCUCAAGCGAAACCUUUGUCUCCCGGCGAGAUCCUAGGAUGCACUUCACCAAAGUUGGGAGAGCAAGACGCUUUGAUUUACCUGGGUGACGGGAGAUUCCACUUGGAAUCAAUAAUGAUCGCCAAUCCCCAUGUUCCGGCAUUCCGUUAUGACCCUUAUUCAAAAAAAUUCACCCGAGAACGGUACGACCACGUGGACAUGCAUGCCUUGCGAAAGCACGCAAUUAAUCUGGCCAAGAAUGCAAAAAAGUUCGGUCUCAUAUUAGGAACCUUGGGUAGGCAAGGUAGUCCAAAGGUGAUGGAGUAUCUCGAGGAAAAAAUUCGAUCCCGUGGACUGGAUUAUGUUUGCGUUCUACUUUCGGAGAUAUUUCCAGACAAAUUGAAACAAUUCCAGGACAUCGACGCUUGGAUUCAAAUAGCGUGCCCUCGACUAUCCAUUGAUUGGGGUUAUGCUUUCCCCAAGCCACUGCUUACUCCAUACGAAGCAUCUGUUGCGCUAGAUGCGGUCGAGUGGCAAUCCAUAUAUCCGAUGGACUUUUACGCCAACGACAGUUUAGGUCCUUGGACGCCUAAUCAUGGAAAGGGUAACACCAAGAAAAAAGUGUGCUAA